CAAUGUACCUACGUUUUAUUUCGCCCCACCAACCAUCACCUGCACCGCCAAUGUCGAUUCAACAUGUCGCUCAACCAAUCGCUUGAGGCAGCACAAUGACACUUUUCAUUCUGCAACCAGAAGCAAAGAACACGAAGACAUGAACGACUACAUGGGCACGACGCAGCAAGAGCAGUCACAGAAGAGGUGGAAGGAGGCAUUCACACGUGCUGUGCAGACGGUCGCAGAGGAGAGACGUCAAUCGGUCGGAGAAGGCAGACUCACGUCCUUCGCAGAUGUGGUCCAAGCAGCAGCGGCUUUCGAUCGCAAUGGCCAUAUCCACAUGCACUUCGAUGGCAACGAUGACAAGUACGACAUAUCGGGUCUGCAACAGGAGGCUCAGAAGAUUCAAGCCGAUUCGCUCCAGGCUACACGACCAAGCAGCACUAGAACCAACCUGGACGUGCCAUCAUUGGCCAUCUGCAUCAUGAUCGUCGGCACCCACGGAGACGUGCAGCCCUUCGUCGCUAUCGCCAAGAGACUUAUCCAGGACGGCCACCGCGUUCGUCUCGCUACCCACACCGUCUAUCGUGACUUCGUUAUGAGCCACGGUGUCGAGUUCUACCCGCUUGGAGGAGACCCCAAGGAACUUGCAGCUUAUAUGGUCAAGACCGGUGGUCACUUGAUCCCGCUCAGUCUCGAGGCGAUCCAGAAGGACGUGCCACGAAACAUGCAGAUGAUUGAAGAGAUCAUCCAGUCAACAUGGCCUGCUGUCUCUGCCCCCGACCCGGACGGGGGCGGCCCAGGCGUACCGGGUAAGCCGUUCCAGGCGCAAGCCAUCAUUGCCAACCCGGUAUCGUACGGCCACAUCCACGUCGCCGAGCGACUUGGGGUGCCAUUGCACAUCAUGUUUCCACAGCCAUGGGUGCCCACGACGGCGUUCCCGCACCCACUGUCCAACAUGCCGUACACUGGUAAACCCAAGAAGGUGAACUAUAUGACGUACAAGUUGGUGGAUCUGCUCAUGUGGCAAGGAACUGAAGGAAUGGUGAACGCAUUCCGCACCGACGUGCUGGGUCUGCGCAAGAUCCGCAAAGGAGACGGCGGUCGAGAUAUUCUACUGGACCUCGCCAUUCCCCACGCGUUCAUGUGGAGUCCACACCUGGUACCGAAGCCGAAGGAUUGGGGCAAAAUCUACGACGUCAUCGGUACGGUAACGCUCGAAGGACCCGGGUCAAGCUACACGCCUACGCCGGAGCUGGAGGCUUUCCUGGGAUAUGGCAAUGGUCCCAUUUUCGUUGGUUUUGGGUCCAUGGUGCUUCAGGACCCGAAAGGUGUCACUAAGAUGAUCAUUGAGGCAGCAGAACAAGCACAAGUGCGGGUGUUAAUCCAGUCCAAUUGGAGCGACAUGGCCGGAGAUAUUGACGUUUCCGACAACAUCUUCUUCCUCGGUAGCUGCCCUCAUGACUGGCUCAUGCCGCGUGUAUCAGCUGUGGUGCAUCAUGGCGGGGCAGGCACCACAGCGGCGGGUCUGCUUGCAGGCAACCCCACGUUUAUCGUACCGUUUUUCGGAGACCAACCGUUCUGGGGUCGUGCCGUUCUAGACGCUGGUGUCGGAGUGGAGCCUUGUCCGAUCAAAGAGCUGGCAACCGAGAAGCUUCGCUCUGCCUUCGAGAAGUUGAAAAGUCCAGAGCUCCGCAAGCGUGCAGUUGAAUUAAGCGACCUUAUGCGGCAAGAAGAUGGUGCUGGUGAGGCUGUGAGCUGCUUCUACCGCAAUUUACCUGUGCAUCCCAUGCGCUGCGACCUAAAUUGUGGUCGAGCUGCGACGCUGUGGAGUCAGAAAGACAAACUCCGUCUGUGUAAUGAGUGCGAGUUCGUAGUGACGUCCCGUCCAGAGAACUCGCCCAAGGAUAUCGUGGAGUACACCUACGUUGACUAUUCCGCUCGAGGCCCCGAUAGUGUGUUUGAAGGCGCGUCUUCUGGAGUUUGUGCGAUGGCUCACGCUAUCGGAUCAGGUAUUAAGGAUGUGUUUGUCAAGCCUGCGCAAAGGUAUCGUGAGGAGGGUGCGAAGGGCGCUGUGGUGGGGCUUAUGAAGGGCCUGGGUGGACUCAUAAUCAGUCCUUUGGUAGGGACGAUGGUGUUCGCUGACCACGUUGCAACGGGUGUGUACAACAACAGCCGUGAGGAGAAUGAGAAGAAAAGAGGCUCGAUCAUCAAGGGGAACAAUAAGUUUCUGACUGCUCUAGGCUUCAAGUCUCGCAAUGUUCACAUUGGUUCGAUGAGUGUGGAUGAAAUGGUGGAGGGAACUAGCCCGCAAUCUCGGCAGAUUGCAAUUCAACUGACGACUGAAGAAAAGAAGCGGCUGGAGAGCAGAUUCCACGCGCUUAUGGAGGAGCGCAAUGGUGUGACGGCGGCUCAGCGUAGUGCAUCGGGUACACCUCAUAACGGGUCACUGCCGACGAUGAAUAUUUGUAUGAUGACGACCGGGACUUGGGAAGAAAGCGUCGGACAGUAUGUUGCAAUCGGCCAGCGACUCAAAGCGGCCGGCCACUGUGUACGCCUCGCGACCAAUGCGGUUCACCGUGACCGCGUGCUUAACGCUGGACUUCUCUUCUAUCCUCUUGGUGGUAGCACAGCAACGAUCACCAACUUCCUCGAGUACAUCCACCAACAAGCGAAGGAAAAGGCACGACACAGAUCACGACUGAUGAGUUUCAUUCGCUCACAAGACUCGUUCUCAGAGAUGAAUGACCUACGCGAACUCGUGUUUUCGCUCUGGCCAGCGUGUGUGGAGGCAGACUCUGUAACCCCAGGCAAAGCCUUCCGUGCCGACGCGAUAAUUGCACACCCAAAUUUGUUUGGACAGACCAUCGUAGCGGAGCGUCUAGGGGUGCCUCUGCACUGUAUGAGCGAUACUCCGUCAACACGGACACAAGCACUUCCUCAUCUCUUGAGCUCCAACACGGAUUUACAGCGACCGUACCGCUACACACCGACCAAUGCAGCUUCGUUCGAUGUCAUUGACAAACUGAUAUGGGGGGGUAUGGGAGAGAUCUUGGACGAGUUCCGGUAUUCUCUGAGGCUUAUUGGAAAGGCCACGACCAACAACUUGCUGAGUGAAUGGCGAGUUCCUCACACGUACUUGUGGAACUCUGCGUUGUUGCCGAAACCUCAAGACUGGAGAAACGAGAUCACUGUUACGGGAUGUAUUAACACAGUGGAAGACAACAAGGACGCUGACUUUGAACAAAAGCUGCAGUUGUUUGUUACUAAAAACUCGAAUGCGCCAACCAUUUACUUCGGUCUACAGUGCGAUCACUGGGCUUCGCCUCGUGGUCAAGAACUUGUCAGGUGGCUCAAGAAUGCUGCUCGGACUGCGAGCGUGCGUAUUAUUCUCCAGCAACGCAAUAACAGCAACGUUCGCGGAGAGAUUAGCAUCGAUUCUGUGCUCGAGAUUGACCACAAUGUUCCUGUGAAGCGCAUUCUUCCGUAUGUGAAGGCUGCUGUGCAUUGGGGAGAUUUAUCCACUACGUCUGCGUGUUUAGCAGCAGCUAAGCCCGCAUGUGUGGUCUAUCGCACUAGUACGCAGCGUUUGUGGGGUCAGGCCUUGGCACUAUCAGGUGUGGGUGUACAGCCAUUGGAGAUCGACUCGCUGACACCUUCCGACCUCGUUCGUAUCUUCAAGGCCUUACUCGAUCCCAAGCUUGCAGAUUGUGCUCAACGUCUUGCUUCUUCGUGUUCGCCAUCGGAUGCUCUUGAGGCUGCCGUGUCGGCUUUCUAUAGCAACUUGCCGUUAGCUGGUAUGACUUGUGACUUGGACCCAACACGCAUUGCUCGCGUCUACGACUUAGUUCAUGAACUCAAGUUGUCGUAUGAGGCGAGACUGGUGGUGCACCAGAUCACACGUGACGGGGGCAGUGCGAGCGACUUGAAGUAUAAACCACUUAAGUAUUCAAGACAUCACCCGCCCAAGUUUUCGUUACGGCAGCUCGACACGGAGCGUCUUCGUUCGUCUCCAGUUAACGGCUCUCCAACCAAAGUCGUGUAUACACAUGAUCCUGCCAGCGAAGAAAUAAUGAAGAGUUCUUCACCUCAAAAGAGACGUGGCUCCCUGGUGCGCGGCCAGUCGAUGGCUCUAGAUGUGGUGGAGAUGCCGAAGUUUUGGAGCUCACCGGAAGAACAGACGAAGUGUAUGAAGGAGAUCAAUGCCAAGUAUGAGCAGCUGUUGGCGGAGCGUGGCAGUCAUGGAUCUCCCUAAGUUGCUUACAUUGUUUAAUGUUGAUUUAGUUCAUUACUACUAUCUACUCCACCGACAUGUACAGCAGUUCUUCUUGACGUCGUCUCGCCUCGUUACCCACUCCAAAGAAUCGCAUCAUCGCUUCACGUUUACUCGUGUUCUUCAGCAUCUUGACGAGGCGAUCGUAGGCUGCGAUCGUGGCUUUACGCACUGCUGCCUCCUCUUCAGCCGAAGACCAGAACAAUGCAAUCUGCGUCGAAGUGACACGAGAACUGGAUGGACUCGACACCGUUGACGUGUUACUUGACGCGUAACUUUGAUCGUUUGUCGGGUUCUCCAGCAUAUCCAGCGUUAAACGCACCACAUCGUACUUACGAACUGGUUUAACAAUUCGUGAUUCUUGUGAACUAUCACGGAUGGAAAAUGUCGGAGGUUGGUGUCCACCGUAUCGAAGAGGCUUGUACGGUUCGAAGCCUUUGCUCUCGUCCCGUCGAGGUUGCACAGCCACGUAGGCUUGGAGUGACAAUUUGAGUUUGUGCCGCGGAUCAAACACCCGUGCGAUCUUGUUCGGUUCCACAUCACACUGCAUGGCUGCUAUCGGCAGAUUGGCGUAAAAGGCCUCAACCGCGGCCUUAACUGGUUUCUCUCUAUCGAAUGUGGUGGAUAAUCUCUGCGCCUUCUCUCGAGUAUCCGGUUGAAGGAGAUCCCUGAAAUUCGACUCUAGAGACUCCGCCGUGCACGUUUUCCAGUCGAUUAGUGGCAGACCGACCUGGGCCUGUUCACACACGCACGCCAUGAAGUAUUGCAAUGAGUGAGUACCGCAGAUACCCACGGGUUUGCCAGUCGAGAGAGCUUCAGCAGUGAUGUCUGGCUCACCCCAGUGGAUCGCUGCAACCACGUUUUGUUCUUGAAAAAUGCGAGCAUAAUGGAGGUCGCUGGGAAUCUGGAGGACGUUGACAGACUGGUAGGAUGCUCGCUUUUUAUCGCCUACCUCGCGAGUCUGGAAGAUGAUGCGGACUUGGGAAUCCAGUGUAGUGGCAGCAGUAUCAAUCUUCGUUAGUAAUUCAUCUAGAUCAUCGGUUGUCAUCAACCGCGUGGAGACUCCAAAGUAGAUAAUUGACGGUGUUGACGUCUGGAACGCGAAUUUUGCGAGUUCUUCGGGCCACU